AUGUGGGGUUAUGUUUCAGGAACUUCCACGAAACCGAAGGAUGAUAAGGAUGAGAGCUUUGUAGAACAGUUGGAUCUUUGGGAUGCCAACAAUUCGAAAAUCAUCACUUGGGUCAACAACUCAGUUCAACAAUCAAUCGGUAUCCAGUUCGCGAAAUAUAAGACAGCGAAGGAAGUUUGGGAGCACUUGGAAAGGUUGUAUACACAGUCUAAUUUCGCAAAGCAGUAUCAGUUGGAGAUUGACAUUCGGGCCCUUCAACAGAAUAGCAUGACCGUUCAGGAAUUUUAUUCUACUAUGUCUAAUCUGUGGGAUCAGCUUGCUUUGACUGAAUCAGCGGAGUUACGGGCAUUUGCCCCUUACAUUGCUCGGAGAGAGGCACAGCGUCUAGUUCAGUUUUUUAUGGCUCUUCGAGAUGAGUUUGAAGGUCUUCAUGGAACAAUCCUGCAUCGCAGUCCUCUUCCGUCGGUUGAUUCGGUGGUUAAUGAGUUGUUAGCAGAAGAGAUGUGUUUGAAGUCGCGAAUUGAUAAAGUGGGGGUGGAAAAGGGGAUUCUUCCUUCUCCGAACCCCCCUGUCUUUGCAGUUCCUCAUCGGCUAGCCUCCAACAAUCAACACAAGACUCAAGCCAAGGUUGGCUACGACGAAUGCAAUUUUUGCAAGCAAAAGGGACACUGGAAGACUCAAUGUCUGAAACUGUUGAACAGGGCGCAAUCACCGAAUCAGCCUCCUCACUGGAAAUCUGGCAACCAAGCUCACCGACCUCUGCACUCUAUGUCUUCGAACAUGGCAGCUAUUGUUCCACCUGCAGAUUUUGGAAGCACUCCUAGUACCUCGAUUGCUACACUCACAAAGCAGUUACAGAAUUUCAUUGCCUCGCAGCCACACGCCAUGUCAGCCCCCUCACACAUAGGUUUUCCUUCUAGUAGCACACCAGAUGGUACCUUACAUCAAACCUCUUGUAUCGAUACACCAGAGAAAAAUGGGGUUGCCGAAAGAAAACACAGACACAUUGUUGAAACUGCUCGUUCUCUCUUAUUGUCUGCUUAUGUUCCUAGUGAGUUAUGGGGGGAAGCCAUUCUGACUGCAGUUCAUUCCAUCAAUAGAAUUCCGUCAUCUGUCACUUCAGGAUACAUUUCAGGCAUGACAGUUAAAGCAAUCAUGAUGUUUUUGAAACCAAACAAUUAG